AUGAAGGGGUCUUCGUCUUGCCGUGUUUCACAAAAAAGGUCUAAUCUCUUGCACGUCUUGCGCUGCCACCGAGACCACCCCUUCCUAAAUAAACAUGCAUACGUCUACUCCCUGCGAAACCAAGGCAUUACAGGCUCCAGUCUUCCCAUACUCAACUAUAAAUCCAGACGACACGCUCCUUUGAAGCUCAAGCGCCUCUUUGACCCGGACAGACUCUUCAGAGGUCGUAUGUCCGUUAAAGACGUGACGGAGACGCCAUUCACGAGGUCCUAUCCAUUAUUCCAAUUCUCUUUCAUUCAUUCCCCCUCCAUUCUCUCCUCCUCCUCUUCCUCUCUUGCUUCACAAGCCCAUGCAUACACCAUCGCAGGCACAAGCAGCAUAUUCGGCUCGACAGGUCAACGGCUCGAUGCUGAGAAUAGGGCAAAUUUGGAAGACGUGACUUAUCCUGAUCUGGUCCACUUAAGCCCUGACCGAGGUAUUUCCUCGAUCCAACCCAUCAUCGCGGUAACCACCCUCUCACCUCCCCCUGCCCCACCCCCUUCGACUGAGUCUCCGUUGCAUCCGUAUCGAUGUCGGCGUACAUGCCAAGGAGACGAGCUAACGCGACAUCACAUGCUGGCACUAAAUCAGUCCAGUCUCAUGUUGUCGUCGGCUCUGUAA